AGAAUACGGAAGCUCAUUUGACGAGAAGGUUUUCGGGGUGUGUCAGUCAACCUGUAAAUAAUAUAGCUGAUGUCUGAAGUCUUCCUGUGACGGAAAGACUCCUGAACACUCGUGGUCUAUCAGAAAACUACACAAUGGCAUCACCAACCCCUCUGUCCAAGGCCAACACCACCUUCGCUCUGGCUUUGCUCAAAAAGCUGGGCGAUAACGACAAUACCGCAAAUAUCUUCUACUCCCCUUUCAGCAUCUCUUCAGCCCUGGCUAUGGUGAUGCUGGGGGCUGGGGGCAACACAGCUGCACAGAUGUCAGAGGUGCUCUGCUUUACUGAGGCACAGAAGAAGCAGCAGAUACCGAUGGGAAUGCAGCAACAGGUCGACUUCAUGCUGCCAGCAUUUCUGCAAAAGUGCCUGAAAACCAAGGACUGUCAUGAUGAUGUCCAUGUGAGCUUCGCCCAACUGCUGAGCGAGCUCAACAAGGCUGACGCUCCGAACACCCUCAGUGUUGCCAACAGGCUGUACGGGGAGCAGUCCUACCAGUUUGUUGAGGAUUUCUUAGGAAAAACCAAGAAGCACUACAGCGCAGAGCUGGAGUCUGUGGACUUUGUAACCAGCUCAGAGGCGGCCAGGCUCAACAUCAACAGCUGGGUGGGCGAGCAGACACAAGGCAAAAUUAACAAUGUGCUGGCUGAGGGUGUGGUGGACAACAUGACCAGGCUGGUGCUGGUCAAUGCCAUCUACUUCAAAGGCAACUGGAACAGGCAGUUUCAGAAGAGUUCCACACGUGAGACUGAGUUUAGACUCAACAAGAAUGACACCAAGAAAGUGAAGAUGAUGCACCAGAAAGCCAAGUUCCCUUUCACCUACAUCCCUGAAGCUGAAUGCCAGAUCCUUGAGAUGCCAUACAAAGGAAAGGAGCUCAGCAUGCUCAUCUUUUUACCCAAUAGUAUGGAUGACAAUACAACAGGUCUGGAGAAGCUGGAGAAGCAGCUGACCUAUGAGAACUUUGUGGAGUGGACUCGUCCAGACAUGAUGGAUAAUGUUGAGGUCCAGGUGGGACUUCCUCAGUUCAAGAUGGAAGAGUUUUAUGACCUGAAGAAUGUCCUGGUCAGCAUGGGCAUGGCGGAUGCCUUCGACAUGACGAAGAGUGACUUCUCUGGCAUGUCUCCCUCCAACGAGCUGGUACUGUCAAAGGUCGUCCACAAGGCUUUUGUGGAGGUCAACGAGGAGGGAACUGAGGCUGCUGCUGCCACUGCUGCCGUCAUGAUGCUGCGCUGUGCCAUGCGAAACGCCUUCGUCGCAGACCACCCCUUCCUCUUCUUCAUCCGACACAACCCCUCCAUGAGCAUUCUCUUUGCUGGCCGAUACUGCUCCCCUGAGUGAGCAGUGGUUCUCAAUGGGGACAACAUAUUUACAACACAUUUACUAUUGCAACAGUAUAACAUUUAAUUUUGUAUUAUUGGAUAGAUGUUGAGAAUCACCACUCGAGUUUCCUAUAGCUAAUCACACCCUGAGUUCCCGUCCUAUAUUUCCAACACCAGAAUGAUGAGUAAAAACUGUGGUGUUGGAUUUUCUUAACUGUGUCUUCUUGUCUGAAUCACUUCUUACACGAGUGAAUGAAUGAUGACUCUGUUUAUCCUGAAUAUCAGGUUCUUGCAUUGGUUUACUUUGUUUUUGUAAUGCAGGUAUGGCCCUAAUUGCUGCACCCUAACGCCCGACCCUAGGUAAUCUAUAACAAUGAAGUCUGGUUUAUCUUAUCUUAAACCUUACACCCUUUGAAAUUAUUUGCCUUUAUCACAAUUUCUAUUAUGCCUCUUUUCUUUCAAUCUCCAGCACAGAACUGUACUUGUAUACUAUAUGAAUAUGUAUAUGACUGUUGCAAGAUUCACUGCACUGUAUCUACAGUACAAGCAAUUUCACCGUUUCAUAUAUUCAGCUAACCAAAGAGAAUAAUGUGAUGAAAUCACACUGUCUGAUAUAUAUAUAUCCUUGGUAUUGGAAUUAUAAUCAAACAAAUGCAGUUGUUUGUAAUUGUGACAUUAUGCAUAUAUUAAAUAUAGAAUAUACAAAACCUAGAGCUUACACAAAGGUUUGAACUGGCAUGGAGUCCAGGUAAUGUUUAUGUAUCUUUAUGCUUUUUCAUGUGGAAUAAAAGUGUGUGUGCUUCACAAA